GUUGCCCUGAUUCCUUUCCCAUCCUCAGAAAAUAAUUUUUGACGGGACACCGCGACUCAGCAUUAUUCAUAUUCGUUCGUUUUUCGAUUCCCGGCUCGGAUUUCUUAACAGAUUAAAAGUUUAAUUCGUACUCAUCAAACCAUGUUCCGAAACCAGUACGACAAUGAUGUCACAGUGUGGAGCCCACAAGGCAGAAUCCAUCAAGUUGAAUAUGCCAUGGAGGCAGUCAAACAGGGAUCAGCCACCAUUGGUCUGAAGAGCAAGACACAUGCUGCAAUUGUGGCUUUGAAACGAGCAACAUCUGAGCUGUCUGCUUACCAGAAAAAGAUCAUUCCUAUUGAUACACACAUGGGUAUGACAAUUGCUGGUUUGACAGCUGAUGCCCGUUUCCUCAGUCGCUACAUGAGAACCGAGUGCCUCAACCAUCGCUAUUCCCACGAUGAACCUCUGCCCGUCUCCCGACUCAUUGGUAAUUUGGGCAACAAACUUCAGGUCUGUACCCAACGCUACGAUCGUCGUCCAUACGGAGUUGGCCUUCUUGUUGCUGGCUACGAUAGCAAAGGUCCUCAUAUCUACCAGACGUGCCCGUCAGCCACGUAUUUUGAUUGCAAAGCCAUGGCUAUUGGUGCUCGAUCACAAUCAGCACGCACGUACCUGGAAAAGCAUUUGAAUGAAUUUUUGGAGUGCUCUGUCGAGGACUUGGUGCGCCACGGACUUCGAGCUCUUCGCGACACGUUACCCAACGAAGUCGAACUUACUUCAAAGAACGUCUCAAUUGGUGUUGUCGGCAAAGGCAUGGAUUUCACCAUUUACGAUGAUGGUGGCGUCGAAUCUUUUCUGGCUGGUUUGGACAAGGAGGACCGUCGUGGUGGAAGGCCGCUGCCCCCCGAUGUUGAAGAAGAAUUGAAGGAGGUUCCAAUUGGCGAAUCUCCAGCACCCGACCAAGAUCCGGUUAUGGCAGUUGAAAUGGACGUUGAGCAGCACAGUGGUAAAGACUGAUUUCAGAAAAAAAGACAAUGAUUUGGAAUGUCAUUUUUUGGUAUUGCGCCCAAUACAACAUGAUCCGAAGUUAUCGGGCACAUUGGUUGUAAA